AUGGACAAGCAACAUAAUUCAGAGAGUGUUGUGGCUUACGAGAAUGAUGAAGCUCCACCAAUUCCACGCGACAAAAAGAGAACAGAAACUGGCUUUCUUGCAUUGCAUGGCCAGAAUGACCCAGUGCCACUACCACCAUCAAUUGGCCUGCUUCUCUUUGCUUUGUAUCAAACACAAUACAUCACGAUACCAACAGACGGACCAAGUUCACCAGUCAGGUUAUCAAAGUUCCCAUCAGGUGGUUCAUCGACAAUUUCUUUAUCAAAACAUUCACCUCGUACACCUCGCUCUCCAGUCUCUUUUAGAUCGCCUCGGAGUGGAUCGCGCCAGUCGUCACGCUCUUCCUUUCGAUCUCCAGUUCUCUCACCACUUCGUUCUCCUCGACUUUCUGAAAUCGAUGAUGAUGUUGCUGAUUGUGAAACUGUUUACAGUGAUUUUACUGCUUGUUUUUCGGACUCAUCUAUGGACGUUGGAAUGGCUUUAGAUGGAUAUGAACUGGAAGACGAAGACUUCUUCUUGCCUAAUUCAUCAAGACCUGGCAACUUUUCUCCAAGUUUCGACGACUUUCUGCUUCAUGAAAACGACGAUGCUUCGUCAGGCGAGUAUUUCGUUCCUUUACAUUCUGAAUCUAAAAGGCCUCAAGGCCGAUUGAUAGCUUGUGCUUUUGGACCGUGCAAAAACACUGAUUAUGCGGAAUGGGCACAGCGUUCACAAUUUACGUCUUGUGUUUCGUGUUUCACUUAUUAUUGCAGCAAAGAGUGUCGAAAGGCCGAUUGGAAGGAGCAUAAACUAACGUGUUAUUACGGGAGAAUAAAUUACUACACCAAGGCGUUGGUUCGCCGUUUCGAAACAAAUAGCGAAAUAAACAACAGACUAUCAUUAGUAGCAGUUGGAGGUUUUCAAGAAUACGGUCGUGGGUGUGUUCACAUAACGUUUACAUCACCUAUGGCUGCCAAAUUCUUCCUUGUUUCUGGGACAAAUGCCUUUGUUAAGGACCCAGUUUACGCUCCUUUAAGCGAUGUUACGAGAGAGGGAAUUAUUACAAAGCACCAAGUGUUAUUACAACAGACAUUAGUUGAUUAUGAUCCUGAGCAUGAAUUUGUUGUUAAUUUGACAGUUUUUGUUGGCAAGCAAAACCAGGCCGUUGUGUCCCCCCGAUCUCGCUUUAAGACCAGUGCCUUACUGAGAUGUUCAAAAAUACCAUUAGGUGGUUCAUAUAGUGCUGGUGUGAUUGAGCCAUCUCCUGAUGCUAGUUAUGAAAUCAAAGUCUUUUACUUACCAAGAAGCCGAAAUCACCACUUUGUUAAUGAAACAGAGGCAAGGCGCUAUUACUGUCGUGAAGUUUCAUAUGGCCUAAGAAAGUAUGGAAUUCAUUUGAAGCACGAAUUUACUGAUGUGUACGAUAAGCUUUGUUUGUAUGUGGAACAUGAUGUCGAGUUUGUGCCAAUUACGCUGUAUGGACAAGCAAGUGGCAAGAAUUACAAAUGCGUGAUAUUUCCAGAAGGUUUUUCAAAUAGUGGUGCAGAGUCAAUGGAACUGCAAGGCAGAGGGAUGCUGGUUUGAAUCAACGGUAUCUGUGUAGCAGCGAAAUUCCCAGGCAACGCAGAGACACAAGUUCCCGGAGGUGGUCAUCAAGAAAAUAAUCGAGCACGCAGACUAGGCCCCUGAGCAAUCAAAUGAAUCGUCGUGAAGCUGCAAGGAGAUUCCGGGUGAGACAGGGAUUUUGGACUUUUAUUCGUGGUGUAAACAUUAGCAAAUCUUUAUUUGCAUCCUGUGUUUCACAAAGAUUUUAGUAAAGCCACUUUGUGACAACAACAACAGUUAAGAUGCUUGAUUUUCGUUGCUAGUUCCUUCAUAUGCGUCUCCGUGAAAAAUCAUUAUUAUAGACUGAGAUUUUGAAAGAAGUAAAAAAUUGCCACCGAAUAUUAAAUAAAAACCCAGAGAGAAUCUAGUAACUUUAUUAAAGUGCUCCUUCUAAGAUGUGAUAGUCUUGAUAGUUUGAAAUGACCAGUUGUAGACAUGUGACAGCAGACUAAAUACUCAGCUCUUCACCAAAAGGUUAUGGUGAGAGCUUAAAAAAGGUUCUAUGUCGCAAUUCUAGUAAUUUAAUUGAACAAUUUUCAUAUUUAUAGUCACAAUUUUGUCCUUGCGUAUUCAUCUUGAUCAUAAAGGCUUAAAAUCGUUUAAGGUUAAAACUUUACUAAUUCAGAUACGCCUUUGUUGACAAAAUAACCCAUGUUGAUAAUGCUGCCAGAUCAAAAGUUUCUCUUAUUAAGAAUAAUCUACUUAUAGCCAAUUAACUGACGCAUGGUCACCUAACUAGGGGUAUAUCUACUGUAUUGGAAGAUUUAAACGACCUUGCAUUUAUGUUUUGUACUUAUGCAUUCAUGUGUUAGCCUUCGUGCACAUGCAUAGAUGUGUAUUUUGCUAUGCAACGUCACUCAGUGGACUGAAGAGGCUUUUGAACAACGUGUUUACACCCCUCUUCUUUUUUUAAUAGAAAAAAGGAUCCCUUAAGCUGCAGUACCAGGGUAUUGUCUUAACAUACUUUCAAAGAACAGUGCCCAAUUCAUAGCUUUAUUGCAGAAUAACAGAAUAUACGACUUAGCUCAUAGGGUGCUUAAUUACGAAAGUGGCAUUGCAGCAGUGCUGGUGCCAUGACCCUUUAGUAUGGUAAUCUCUUUUCGAUUAAAAUUCAUGUUGAGCGGAUACCAAUUUGCCUUAUUGCUUGUUUAAAGUGGUUUAUGGAGACUGGACUACAAAAUAGGCUCUUCAGGCUUUACAUCACGAACAGGGUCAAGUAAUAUAAGCAUCAAAGUUGCAUCUCAACCCUUCAGACCGGGCGGAGCUUGGUGCAGUGUGAUGAAAGGCUGGAAGACGGAGACAUGGUUAAAGAGAGUUUUAGCGAAUUUACCGACCAUCUAAAACUUUUCCCGAGAAACUUAUGAGAAAUAAGGAGAAAGGGUUGACAACUCCCAUACACCCACACACCCUGUCAGGUACGCCUUUGAGCAGCCAAAGUCCAACCAAAGUUGGCCAUUUUUCACUACCUAGAGAGCCAGACCCUGAGCCACAAAAAUCCAUUUUGCCAAAGUCUUAGUAUCUUUCCCCAAAGUUUAAUCAUUCAAUACUAAUACAUAAUAUUGCCUCUUAUAUAGAUAUUGCAGCCUGUUGAUAGGCUAUGACAUUUUUGGCCAUUGCUGAGUAACUUUCAGGCCUUCGAUAGCACUUUGGCCUAGUUUUGCAGGAAACUGUUCCAUGAAUUUUCAUUAUUACGUUUCAGCGAUAUCAUAAAUAUCAAAUAUUGCUAAGCAUCAAGGUAUAUUAUGAAUUUUUUGUACACAUUUUAAGUUUUUACAUAGAAUUUUCAAUGUCGUUGGUUAGUUGCUUUGAAAGACGUUUCUUAAUAUCUAGAAUAAUACAGUGCAUUUCUCUAUCAUCUAUUUUCAAUAAAUUGCAGAAAUAUCUUGCUGUGUCAAAAUUUUGAGUAAAAACCUAUUUUAAUCCGACCUAGAGCAGGUUUCGUAUAUUUUUAUUACGAGAAACAAUGUUUAUUAAACAUUACAAAGCAAUUGCCUA